AUGUCAGAUGAAAUGUCUCACAAGUUAUAUAAAAAUACCUUUUCUGCCAAAUCCAAAACCAAUGUCGUUUCCAAAUCCAAUACCUCCGAACCCACCUCCACCACCAGCUCCAAAUCCUGCACCACCUCCAAAAACAACACCACCGGCUCCUGCAUCUCCAAAUCCUCCGCCCCCGCCUCCGGCAGCCCCAAAUCCCCCUCCACCAAAUCCUCCUCCUCUGCCACCUCCUCCAAAUCCUGCUCCACCACCACCGCCUCCUCCUCCACCAGCUCCACCACCGCCUCCAAAUCCUGCACCACCGCCUCCAAAUCCUGCACCACCGCCUCCGCCGCCGCCACCUCCUCCACCACCGCCUCCAAAUCCUGCACCACCGCCUCCUCCGCCGCCACCUCCUCCACCACCGCCACCUCCUCCUCCAAAUCCUGCACCACCGCCUCCACCUCCUGCACCACCGCCUCCGAAUCCUGCACCACCACCUCCUCCACCACCACCUCCAAAUCCUGCACCGCCACCGCCUCCAAAUCCUCCUCCUCCACCACCGCCUCCUCCUCCACCACCGCCUCCAAAUCCUCCACCUCCUCCUCCACCUGCACCUCCAUAAGUAUUGAAGGCAAUUUCUGGAAAGAAGUCGGGAAAUCCUUUUAUGGCGGACUCAUAUCGAGUGCCACGUUCAGCAAAUGGUGUAAGAACCUUUGCAAAUUUAGCCAAAAAUGGAGAAUAAAAACCUCCACCCCCGCCUGCUCCUCCACCCCCAUCACCUCCAAAUCCUGCUCCUCCUCCGCCACCCCCGCCUCCACCACCUCCAAAUCCUGCUCCUCCUCCGCCACCCCCGCCUCCUCCACCUCCAAAUCCUGCUCCUCCUCCGCCACCCCCACCUCCAUCACCUCCAAAUCCUGCUCCUCCUCCGCCACCUCCGCCUCCACCACCUCCAAAUCCUGCUCCUCCUCCGCCACCCCCGCCUCCUCCACCUCCAAAUCCUCCACCACCUCCAAAUCCUGCCCCUCCUCCACCACCUGCACCUCCUCCGCCACCCCCGCCUCCUCCACCUCCAAAGCCUCCCCCUCCACCCCCUCCUCCGCCUGCUCCAACACCAAAUCCACCACCUCCAAAUCCUCCUCCACUUCCAAAUCCACCACCUCCUCCGAAUCCUGCUCCUCCCCCUCCGCCCCCUGCUGCAACCCCUCCUCCUCCGAAUCCAAAUCCUCCGCCGCCACCUCCUCCACCUGCAGCAGCUCCUCCACCUCCAAAUCCUCCGCCUGCUCCUUCUCCACCACCUAG